AAAGAGAGUGUGAACGAGAGAGAGAGAGAGAGAGAGAGAGAGAGAGAGAGAGACAGAGAGAGAGAGAGUGUGAAGGAGGCUGCAGACUUUUCCGCGCACAGAGGAAGAGGAGAGGAGGACGAAGAGACAGAGAGAUAGAGGAGUCUCCAUCUUCGCCAUUUCAAUCAUGACUCUUGAAGACGGCCUCUGAAAUUCUGUUUGGUAUAAAGACUCUUCAGCUACAUGACCAGUGCUACGCCGACCUCUGACCAGAUGGAGGUGAAUGCGGUUAAAAAACGCCAUCGCACAAGAUCCAAAGGAGUCAGAGCCGCUGUGGAAGCAGUAACACAGGAAUUAUUCAGCUGUCCCACUCCAGGCUGUGAUGGCAGCGGUCACGUCAGCGGGAAGUACGCCAGACACCGCAGCGUCUACGGCUGCCCGUUGGCCAAGAAGAGGAAGGCUCUGGAAAAACAACCGCUGGAGCCGGCUGCCAAGAGGAGACCCUUCCUCACCUCCCGCCCGGGGGAGGAGGAGGAGGAGGAAGAGGAGGACGAUGCCGGCGCCUACACCAGCUACCAAAACGAAGCCAUGGGGGUCGGGCCAGUGGGGAAGGAGCAGGGGGAGGUAGUGGAGGAGGAUGAGGAGGAGGAAGAAGAUGGGGAGAGAGAGGAAGACGACGGGGACGUGGAGGACGAGUUCUCAGAGGAGGAGGAGGAAGAGUAUGAGGAGGAGGAGAUGGAGGCGGGGCGAGCGGUAACGACAAUGGGAGGAGAGCAGGUGGAGGAGGAGGAGGAGGAGGAGGAAGAGGAAGAGGGGAUGGAAGAUGAAGAGGAUGAUGUAGAGGAUGGUGAUGAUGAGGAGGAGCAGGAUGAUGAGGAGGAAGAGGAGGAGGAGCAGAAUCGUCAGCAUGUAGAGAACCACUACAAACCCAGUGGACAAUCAAAGCUCCUCCCCCUCCAGAAGGACGACAACAACAACAACAGCUGCAACAUCGGCGCCGGGAACGCCACCGGAGAGGAGUACGAGAACUACGACGAGCUGGUCGCCAAGUCGCUCCUGAACCUGGGAAAGAUCGCAGAGGACGCCGCCUACCAGGCCAUGACGGAGUCCGAGAUGAACAGCAACUCGUCCAACAGCGCGGGAGAAGACGAGGACGAUGACGACGAGGACGACGACGACGGCAGCGAGCGGGGCGACAGGAAGGGCGAGCUGAGCGUGGAUCUGGACAGCGACGUCGUCAGGGAGACGGUGGAUUCCCUGAAGCUCCUGGCGCAGGGUCACGGCGCCAUGCUGCCCGAGGACGGUUACCCGGACGGGGCCAUGGUGGACGCCGGCUGCCACGCCAACGGGAGGGUCAGCAGGGUUCGGGCGGACGAGAGCGAGGAGGAGGUGUGUCUCAGCAGCCUGGAGUGUUUGAGGAACCAGUGCUUCGAUCUCGCUCGGAAACUGAGCGAGACGCAGCCGUCCGAUCGCCCCGCCCUGCACGCCCUCCACCACCAACUCCACAACCCGACAGACCAGCAGCUAAUGCAUCACCUGAACAGGUACGACAGCUGUCAGCAGGGUGCACAGGGGGAGCCCCGCUCUCUGGAGCGCAGCUACUCCGACAUGGUGAACCUGAUGAAGCUGGAGGAGCAGCUGAGUCCGGCGUCCCGCGGCUACCCGACCAGCUGCAGCCAGGAGGGUGACGAGGACACCACGUCGGUGGCGUCCGACCGCUCGGACGAGACCUUCGACAUGGCCAAGGGGAAUCUGUCGCUGCUGGAGAAGGCCAUCGCUCUGGAGUCAGAGAGGGCGAAGGUCAUGAGGGACCGGAUGGCCUCGGAGCACACGUUCCCUCGCCGGGAUCACCACCACCAUCACCACCGCGGCCACGGCGAGCACAGCCCGAGGCUGAGCAGCUCCGCAGAGGAACGCAAGUCCAGGAUGCACCACGACGGGUUGAAGAGGGCGUACUACCCUAAAGACUCUUCCAGGGGAGAUAAGAAGGAGAGUAAGUGUCCGACGCCGGGUUGUGACGGGACUGGGCAUGUUACGGGUCUAUACCCGCACCAUCGCAGUCUGUCCGGGUGUCCUCACAAAGACAGAGUCCCUCCUGAGAUCCUUGCCAUGUAUGAAAAUGUUUUAAAGUGCCCCACUCCUGGCUGCUCUGGACGGGGUCAUGUCAAUAGCAACAGGAACUCGCACCGCAGUCUGUCCGGCUGUCCCAUCGCUGCUGCAGAGAAGAUGGCGAAGGUCCACGAGAAGAGCCACACGACCGAGACCGGCAUCAAGACCAAUCAGACGUCAGAUCGUGUCCUCAGGCCGAUGUGUUUCGUCAAGCAGCUGGAGAUCCCUCAGUACGGCUACAAAAACAACGUUCCCACCAGCACGCCGAGGUCCAACCUGGCUAAGGAGCUGGAAAAAUACUCAAAGACCAGCUACGACUACAGCGGCUACGACGGCCAGCAUGGCGGCUACGGAAAGAGAGGCCCGACAACCAAGUCCCACCACGGACGAGACACGUCACCCAAGGGAUAUGAUGCCAAGCGCUACUGUAAGACGUCGAGCCCGGCCAGCAGCACGACCAGCAGCUACGCUCCCAGCAGCAGCAGCAGCCUGAGCUGUGGAGGAGGAGGCGGAAGGGGGAGGAGGCGGGGGUGGGGAGGAGGAGGAGGAGGAGGGGGGAGCAGCGCCAGCAGCACCUGCAGUAAGAGCAGCUUCGACUACACCCACGACAUGGAGGCGGCGCACAUGGCUGCCACGGCCAUCCUGAACCUGUCGACGAGGUGCAGGGAGCUCCCACACGCUCUGGGAGGGAAACCCCAGGACCUGCUGACACAGAUCUCAGCAGUCAACUUGAGUCCUGUGGGUGACAUGGACGACAGCGGUGGGGUGGAUGUUAACGGUCAGCCCGGGGGUCCGGAGGGCAGCGGGACGGUGUUGACCCCUCUGCAGCCGAUGUCGCCCCAGCGUCGCUUGCUCAGCAGCCGCUGCUACCAGCUGAGCGACACAGACUGCUGGGACCUGCCCGUCGAUUACACCAAGAUCAAACGCCUGGGGGACGAGCAGGACCACAAAGAGAGCGACGAGCUGGACCCCUUCCAGGAGCUGCUGGACGAGCAGCGCUACCCGACCGAGGUCUCCAUGCCGAGCCCCAAACACCACAAGUACUCGCCGUGCAAGGAGGGCAAGAAGGAGCUCAUCACGUUGUCGAGCUGCCAGCUGGCCGACAAGAGCAUCCGCGGGAUGAUGACGACCAACUCCCAAGAGCUCAAGUGUCCGACCCCGGGCUGCGACGGAUCUGGACACAUCACAGGGAACUAUGCCUCCCACAGGAGUCUGUCUGGUUGCCCUCGAGCCAAAAAGAGCGGCAUCAAAAUCCUGCACAGCAAAGAGGACAAAGACGACCAGGAGCCAAUCAAGUGUCCGGUGCCUGGCUGUGACGGACAGGGUCAUGUGACGGGGAAGUACGCCUCCCACCGCAGUGCGUCGGGCUGCCCCCUGGCAGCGAAGAGGCAGAAGGACAGCUACGUCAACGGUUCGCAGUUUGUCUGGAAAUCUGGAAAGACUGACGGGAUGACCUGCCCGACCCCAGGCUGCGACGGCUCGGGACACGUCAGCGGGAGCUUCCUGACCCAUCGGAGUCUCUCUGGGUGUCCUCGUGCCACCUCAGCUAUGAAGAAGGCGAGGAUGAGCAGCAUGGACAUGUUGACAAUCAAGCAAAGAGCAAGCAAAGGCAUCGAAAAUGAUGAAGAAAUCAAACAGCUGGAUGAAGAAAUCAAAGAUUUGAACGAGUCCAACACUGAAGUGGAGUCAGACAUGAUCAAACUGAGGACACAAAUCACAACCAUGGAGACCAACCUGAAGUCCAUCGAGGAAGAGAACAAGGUGAUCGAACAGCAGAACGACUCGCUGCUGCAUGAGCUGGCCAACCUCAGCCAGUCGCUCAUCAACAGCUUAGCAAACAUCCAGCUUCCACACAUGAGACCGCCGCCACAGAAAGAGGCCCCAGUAAAGCAUAACUGCUGUUUGCAGAUGCCUCCCAGAGAGCCAAUGAACGAACAGAACUUUGACUCGUAUGUGAGUACGCUGACGGACAUGUACACUCACCAGGACCAGUUCCAGAGCCCGGAGAACAAGGCGCUGCUGGAGAACAUCAAACAGGCCGUUCAGGGUAUCCAGGUGUAGCCGUGACUCGAGGCCAAAAUAAACAAAUGCAAAGCAAAAACAACAAAUCAAAGUCAAAAAGAGGGGGAAAUGGUUGUUAUUUGCUGCUGUAAUCUAACACUUUUUUUGUUUUGUCUGCUGUUAUUCGCUCUCGACUCCAUGGGUAUCUUUUUUAAUUUUAUUGUUGUUGCCUUGCUUUGAAAAAAAAAUUAAAUGAACAUUCACGUUUUGUACAUUUUCAUAUGAUCUUACAUAAUGUGAUGUACUGUUUAUAGCUGCUAAUGUAUGCACAUUCUCGUGUAUAUGUAUGUAUUUAUUUAUUUAUUGUAAGCUUGAAUCGUUUUUUUGAUUAUUGUAACAUAAAACUGGGCGUCACGGGUUUAACGGGGAGUAGAGCGGCGGCGGCGGGCGAAGGUAACGUGAAGAGCAAUCAUUUUUCUCACGAGCUGUAACGCUGGAUGUGAAGUCAUUCAUUCUUUUUGUAACGUUUAAAAAAGUGGACCGCGUCGCCACUCUUUUUCUGUAAAUCUUUAAAAAAAAAAAAAAAUCUCAAAUGACGAGAAUGAACCAAUGCUAUAAUACGCAAGAAGAUUUCAAACAUCAUGACACGGAAACUUAACUGGUGCAAAUUCCAUCGUCCCCUUUUUUUUCUUUUUUCGUGUCGCUUUACUUUGUUUCGUAUGAAAAAAACAAAGCAGAAAGACCAAUGGCUACUGAAAACGUAGGAGACAAUCUGCCAUUUCUAAGUUCUUUUAAUGGUUAAUCUCGACUAGCUAAUAGGAAAAGUGUCAGCAAUAUUGGUAUUAUGAUAUAAAAUUGUUUGUUUAGAUAUGGGAUGCAAUCUAUAUGAAACAUAUUUGGGUAUAUGCAAUUUCUUAUGAAUAAAACUAGCAAAGAACCGAUAGCUCUUUUUACUAACUAUAAAUGUAUUGCGUUUUGUAUAAACCUUUUACUACAAUCAUGUGUUAGGAAUCUGACGCGGGUGAAAGGACUUUGGUUCUGUCAUGUUCGUCUUUGCACAGGGACACCUUUGUUUCCAUGUUUUGAUGUUUUUAUUGUCGAUUAAGAGGCACUUGACAGGCGGAAAGGAUUUGUAGAUAUGAUUUUUUUUUCUUUCUUAAAAGGCUGAUGGCUCCUCUGGACUUACAGGGUCAAACGUCCCCCAUACAUCAUUGUAUAUUGCACUCGUCCUGUUUGAGAAUAAAAAAAAGAAAAAACGUCUUUCCAAUCAUGCAUCAAAUUGUCUGAGCCACAAUGGGACAUGAUGCCAGACGACAUGAUGACCAAGCAGCACUUUUCUUUUUUUAAUUAUCUUUGAUUGUUAUUGAAAAAGAUGAAUGAAAAACCUGAGCCAGCAGUCAAGAAAAAAGAAAAAACGCGUUGUCUGUGCACUGAAUUUUAAACCGACUUGAGUAUUUUGAUCUGAAUCGGCCUUAUGAUGACAUUCAGUUUGAAAAAUCACAGCACUGGUGGUGGGGUUUUUUUUUUCUGAACACCGUCGAUCAUGCAUGCACUUUAUUGGAGUUUGUCAAAAGUAUUACACGUGGUGAAUGAAGCAAAAACUGUACAGCGAGUUUGUGGAAACUGUGACUUUGACAAGACUUUGUGCUGGUGAUUCCUGUUUGAAAGCAACUCGGAGCAAAUGUCAAAGAGGUAAUUCUUUUAUUUGAAGGAAAACUCCCCCUCUGGACCCCCUAACUUUGUUCACCUCUUCAUUACAAUCAUCACCUCCUCAAGUCAUUGCAAACAGAAUGAAAAACAACCCUAGGAUAGCUUUCUGUCUUUCAAUGCUAUGUUGUGAACAAUCAGAACAUUUGGAUGUGUCCUUUAAGUGUGAACUCAAAUUCCACUGCCUGCCUGCCCUAAAUCCACUCCCCUUGUUCCAGAUAUCUGUAUGCUGGGGUAACACGUCUCUAAGCUACCAACAAGCCAUGUGGGGAUUGCCCUCUAAGGAUGUGUCCAAAACCAAUCUAAUCUGCUGCCUAGUACUCCAACAAUACUACAUACUACACACUAGUGUUGUAGUACCAAGACCGGUCUCGAGACUACUUUUUGAAGGUCUCGUCUCAGAAUCAAAAGUAUUUUUACUUGUUCUUGUCUCCGAAUCAGACUGGGCGGACUCCUACGGUGGCUGGGAAGUGCAAAGCAAAAAUUACAAAGUGUGAAACACUUUUACAUAAUU